GACAACACUGGCAUUAACAUGUCUGAAGCUAAUAGCUUCCACUGCUAUGCCGGUGACACAGCUUUAUGUUUCGAUAAAGUUGAGGAAUGUGUAAUGGACAUAAGACACUGGAUUUUGAGUAAUUUAGUCCUACCUAAUUAUGACAACACAGAAGUACUUCUACUAGGACCACAGGUUUCUCACAAGCCCCACCCAUCCAGAAGUCAUUUCAUGUAUAAUAAUAUUAUACUUUAUUAUUAUUUGAGUCCUUAAUAACUCUGAUGUUAACUAUAUUAUCUCAGCUGUAAUCAUCCUGAGCUGACAGGCAAUUCAAUGCUAAACCAACACUUUACUGAGUUCUCACUUUGAUUAUCAGCAUCACCCACAUCAGCCUCUGUCUCAUCACCUGAGGUAAAAAUCACUAGCAUUUUAAAUAUGAGCCUCAUUGUCAUCUCUUCACACCACUGAUCUCUGUUCAUGCUAAAUAGAAUAGAUAGGCUUUCCCAUUUGUUUAAAAAAUAAAAUAAAAUAAACACUAGACAAAGCACAAGGACCAACCAGUACAUUAAAGCCUCUCCUAUAAAUCUCUGUUGUGCUCAGUUUAGUAUGGUGUUAACACUUUCUCCCGGUAAAAAUGCAAAGUUCUGCACUUCCAUUUCAUUCUGUUUGUUCUCCUGGCCUUCCACAUUAGGCACAUGUUUAGGUUUUCCCUUCUCCAGUGUUCUUGUAAGACCCUUUUUGAUGUGACUAAAUCUUAGUUUCAUGCAUAUUAGCUGUUUUCACCAAAGUGGGAGUCCAGAAGAAUGUUUCUCAGCUAUGGGCUGUGGAUGAGCAACUGUUAGUAGCAAAUAUACGGAGAGGAAAUCCAAUAUAACUGUCAACCAUUGCAGGUGGCCAAAUUAAAGGGAGUACUCCCUCGAAAAGGAGUAGGCUACAAAAACUACACUAAAAAUACAUCUGUACAUCAGUUCCACACAAAUGAAAAAUAUGACAUCAACAUAAAUUCAUCUCUUACACUUUAUUUAACUUGUUAACUUGGUUCCAUGUAAAUAAAUUGAUUUACACAGUUUUAAAUGUGGUUUGCUUCAUUUGUUUUUGUACAGCCAACAUGAUUUGAUCAUGUAUGUUUAAAGCCCUGGAAUAAAAGCUGUGUGUAAUCCCACGCACACAGUCACCGAGUGCAGGUUGGAACCCAGGACCUAGAAACCCAUCCCUGUUCUGCUGGAUCAAUUUCUCUUUCUUGCUUUUUUCUUGGAUUUAAGCAUUUUGGCAAUGUUUGUUAAAAAAAAUAUUAAAGCAAAAUUCAUUAUUUCAACAGACUGACUGUAGGCUAACUGUCAGCUGUAAGCUGUGGUAUUACACUAACCUCCAGUUCACCAGCACUCGCUGUGCACCAGCACUCACAGAUGCACUCAUUGUUUGAAACAUCAGAUGGCGCUCUUGGAUUUUUUUCUAACCAUUAAAAAUACUGUUGUGUUAAUAACAUGAACAUUGAAGGGUGCUGUAGUUGCAUAAGGAAUUUCAGCACUUUUCCUCCUUCUCUCAAUUUCCAGCAAAUCCUUUUGUUCUGAUUAAUGUUUAAUGAAUUUUUAACUGUAUUGAGCUUCUCAGCUCUCAUCUACAUGACCAAAAUUUAGUACCAGUAAUGGGGUGAUUCAAGAUUUCGAGCUUUGCCCCAGAUCUUGCUAUGACUUUAGAGCAGAUUAUCAGUAUCAGCUUUAGGUAGCGUUCUAUGUGAAAAAAUGAACAAAUGCACAAAACACUUCCCAGAUAUUCAUGCCUCACAAUGCAGCAACAGCAUUUGCACUUAAUGAAGUCCAGAAAAAAUAAUUGUAACAUGCAGGAGCAAACAUGAUACACAGUACAGUAAAGAAAAGACAGAACUUUAAUGCAGCUAAACAUUGAUGAUCCUUUAACAUUUACACAUUAACAUGGCUUCACUGUUUCGUGUUGAAGCUGUUCAACUUCUGCAUUUCCUGUUUGAACUUUAAAUCACUGCACUAACCCCCACGGCUGUAUUUUUAACUCCAAGAGAUUAAGAGUGUGUGAAGUGAUUAAAUCCCCUGCUCUUUAUCUUCUACUCUGGUUUUCUUGAUCUUGCAGACUGGAGAGCGGCUACUUGAGGGAUUGAUGAUUUGGAGUGUGUUUUUGUCACAAUUUAAACUAUUAAUUUGACUGAACCUGGAAAAAUAUUCUUAGACUGUUUUUUGAUUUCUUUCUCAAAUAAUUGCUUGUCAGUGGGUAGACACCUCAUUCUUCUUUUUCUGUAGAUCUGCAAUGAUGAACCAAUCGAGGCGUCAUUUCAAACAGCUGAUAAAGAGGCGAUCAAGUCUUUUUGCUAGCGUUAAACUCAAUGCCAGCUUCUCACAAAGCAUCGAGGAAGAGGACAGUGCUUUUCCUUUUUCACAGGACAGUUCUGUUAAACCAUGGACAUCAAUGGACAGACUCGACAGUCCGGUGAAUAAAGUAGAAGAUUUAAAAAAUACAAGAAAAGAAAAUAAAUGUAAUGAUACAAAGCCACUGCACAGACAUUCGGGAUUGAUAAGCCUUAAUAUAGGUGGAAAAUUGUUUCAUCUUUCCAGACAUCUGGCCAUUAAAUAUCCUAAAUCACGAAUCGGGGCUUUAGCUGUGUGUUCGGAUCCUGUAGAGCGGCUGACGCUCUGCGAUGAUUACUGUGUGAUCAAUAAUGAAUUUUUCUUUGACCGAGACCCAACGUUCUUCCACUACAUCUUCCACCUGUACUACAGUAACAUGCUCUGGGUGAUCGAGAGCGUGUGUCCCAUUCACUUUGAGGAAGAAAUUGAGUUUUGGGGUUUAAAUCUGAAUGACACACCUCGCUGCUGUCGAAUCUUGUAUGAGGAAAAAGUGGAUGAAAUUCGAGACCAGCUGAAGGUGAAUAAAGAACUGAUGGCUGAAAUCGAGCCUGUUCACAAUGAGGAGGGAUUUAAAACAAUGUUUCUGGGUGAUUUUCGCAAGACUCUUUGGGAUUUAAUGGAAAAUCCGUACUCAUCUGUGGGAGCAAAGUUUUUUGCUGUGUUGUCCACCACCUUUGUGCUCAUCUCAAUUGUGGCCAUGACUCUAAACACUGUGAGUGAACUGACAGAAUACAAAAUUUAUGGAAGAACAUACAUGGAGUUUGUCGAGAUCAGUUCAAUUCUCUUCUUCACCUUUGAGUAUUUCCUUCGUCUCCUGACCACCUGUGAUGUGAAGAAUUUCCUGAAAAGUGCCCUGAACUUUGUUGACUUGGUAGCGGUGAUGCCGUAUUUUAUCCAGCUGGUGUUUGAGGCAUUUUCUGAUCAGGAAGAUCUCAGUGUUCAAGACGACCUCAAAACAAUGGCACGAGUGAGCAAAGUCAGCAAAGUGCUAAAAGUUGUCAAAUUGAUGAGAAUUUUUCGCAUUCUGAAAUUAGCAAGACACUCGACUGGAAUGCGAGCAUUUGGAUUCACUCUGCGUCAGUGUUUCGAGCAGGUGUGCUGCUUAUUUUUAUUCAUUAUUAUGGGAAUCUUUGUUUUUUCUGCUCUAAUGUACUCGGUGGAACAGGACAUGACGGGGACACCAUUCAGCAGCAUUCCAGAUACGUGGUGGUGGGCAGCAGUGAGCAUCUCCACAGUGGGCUACGGUGAUGAGAUCCCAGUUUCAUUUUCUGGUUGUGUUGUGGCAUUUGGCUGCAUUUCAUUCGGGAUUAUUUUAAAUGGAAUGCCGAUUUCUAUUCUCUUUAAUAAAUUUUCAGAUUAUUAUGCCAAACUCAAAGCACAGGAAUAUACUAACACUAAAGUCCAGCGCAGUCUGCACCUCAGAAAACGCUUACAACGAAAGUUUGAGAAUUGUUUUAAUUCUCAAGACAAUGAAACAGACAAUGAAUUUCAGCAUCAGAGAUGAAACUUUACACAUUGGUUUAUUACAGUCUGAUCAAAUGUGUGGAUCUUGAAUUUCUGUCAGUAGUGUUUAACUAUUAUUAAAUGCUUUAAAGCAAAGAUUCACCUCAAUAAAAGUUCUUAUUUUGGUUUUGGGUAAAUAUUUGUGGUCAAUAAGUUUUUAAUGUUAUUAGGUAUGUAUCAGCUGUAUUAGAUGUGUAUACUCAUCAUCAUCAUAAGGUUCACAAAAGUUUAAUGGAAGAACUUAUUUUAAAAUAAUAUAGCAGAUGAUAUUUAACACAUCUAUUAAUGUAAGUCUUAAAACUGAAUAUUUAGACAUUACACUGAUCUUCUUUGUGGAGAUUUCAUUUAUGUCCUGAACAGUCGAAGUGAUUUAAGGAUAAAGUGUUAAUCAGCUUUAAGACUUAAUGCUUUAACAGACAAGCUGGUGAGUCUUU